AACUUUAAUAGUUACUCAAACCUCCCAAUCAGGUUUGGAAUUAGUUGGUAAAUUCUUCUUUGUCUUGUCUUCAGAUCUUCUAGUCAUGUUCAUGUACUUUCACCUCCUGUUCAAUACUAUGGUUUAUUUGAACCCCUAAUGUUUAUCUCUUCCCCUCUUCACCCUCCAUUAUGUUUCGAAAUUCUGUUUUUAUGCAUUGAACUGGUUUUCAAAAUUGCUUUUAAGGAGUACUCCACUACUCAACUGCUCGUUGUCACCACUAUUUAUCCCUACUAACUCUGGAUCUCCUUCGGCUUGAGCUUCCUUGAACGCAAGUCAGUCAUUAUGGUUUCAAAAGACUCGCCCCCAAAUCCAGCUUCAAAUAUGCUACACCAAUUUAUAAUCUCAGACUCUAUUACUGGUCGGAAUCAAUUUGAAAACCAAAAUUUCGAUGCUUAUGGGUCUGCUGUAAGGGCCAAUAACAGUUAUCGUCAGUCUCUUGGUUUGUUGCCAACCAUUCAGUCUCUAGGGGAAAGAAUAUCCAGAUCAAUGGACCUUGUUCAUGCUCCUGCUGUAGCCGAGGAAUCUGAGAUCAGUCACACUAGACACUUAAUGGACCUUCUUGGAGCAUCAAAUGAGACCAAUCACCAAGCUCAGAGGCUCUCUCUGUCUCUUGGUUCUCACAUGCUAGUUCCAUCAGUCCAAUACAAGCAGAGAUCUUUAAGUUCAGAUAUCACUUCUAAUUACUUGUUUUGCGGGAAUGAAGGUAGAGAAGUUUGUAAUCCUGGAUUUGAGCAUGUUAGUGAUGACUAUUCAUUCACUGCUGGCACAUUCACUUCAUCUUCCACCUCAGCAAAUCGUUCUUGCUCCAGUGAUGGAACAGAAUCUUUUGCUAUUGCUAUACGGAAUUCAAAAUUUCUUAAACCAGCUCAGUCUCUUCUGGAAGAAGUUAGUGUUGGUGGCAGGAACAUUGACAAGAGUGAUGAAAGAUAUAUCGGAGAUUUAUAUCAUAGCAGUAUAAGAGGUGGUCAAAGAUUAUCAUCUGAACUAAAAGCAGAAUUUUGCAAUAAUGGGAUGUUGUCUGCCGAGAAAUAUGAACUUCAUCUUGGAAUUGCUAAACUCAUUUCCUUGUUGGAGGAGGUUGAAAGCAAAUAUGAGAAAUACUACCAUCAAAUGGAAGAAGUGGUAUCAUCAUUUGAAGUGAUAGCAGGGUUAGGUGCUGCCAAGUCUUACACUGCCUUGGCAUUGCAAGCUAUGUCCAGGCAUUUUGGCAGAUUAAGAGAUGCCAUAAUAUCUCAAAUUAAUGUGACAAGUCGAAGAUUUUCACAAGACUUGCCAAAAAUCAGUUCAGGAUUAUCUCAACUUAGUUUAUUUGACAGAGAGUCUAGGCAUUACAGAAUGUCCCUUCAACAGCUUGGAAUGUUGCAGACCCAACGGCAAGUAUGGAGACCAAUCAGGGGAUUGCCAGAGACUUCUGUCUCAAUCCUUCGCUCUUGGCUCUUCGAACACUUUCUCCACCCUUAUCCUAAUGAAUCUGAAAAGCUAAUGCUGGCAUCUCAGACAGGCCUGACCAAAAACCAAGUGUCGAAUUGGUUCAUAAAUGCUAGAGUUCGCCUGUGGAAGCCGAUGAUAGAAGAAAUGUACAAAGAGGAGUUCGCAGACUUUUCAGAAGACUCGAAUCCGUCAUUAGCUACCAGUUCCACCACGAGGGAAGGUAUAGCAGAUCAUCCAGAAGAAGAUUGAAGAACAAAAUAUCAUGAUCAUCAGUUUAUUAGUAGUACUAGAUGUUUCUUGAGCUCGACUUUAAUACCUCUUUCUAUUAAGCUGCAGAGAGAAACUCGAUAGUCUUUUGUAACCAAGUAAUUUGAUUUCAUGAGAUGAGCCAACUUUAAAUCCUGGGCUCCCAAGAAUGAAAUAUGUACUUGUUUAAA